GGUUGAAAAAUCAAAGAGUGAACGUAUCCUCAAAGGAGGACCAAAUACAGAAAGAUAUAUCUUCGUCAUUGGGUAUUUAAUUUUGCCAUCUCUGAUUUUCUCUACCUCCAAUCAACAGGGAAAAUCAGGCAAAAAAGAUGGCAUCCUGGAAUUCAUUUCCACUGGAAAUCACAUAUGAAACUUUCGGUUGGCUUGCGUUUUUUUCGUGGUCCAUUAGUUUCUAUCCUCAAGUCAUCUUAAAUUUCCGAAGAAAAAGCGUUAUUGGGUUGAACUUCGAUUUCGUGCUGCUAAAUUUGACAAAGCACUCCUCUUAUAUGAUCUACAACGUUUGUCUCUACUUUAGCCCAGUUAUUCAGCAGCAAUACUUCGACAAAUAUGGCUCUGGAGAGAUGAUCCCUGUAGCUGCUAAUGAUGUUGCAUUUUCGAUACAUGCUGUUUUGUUGACAGCUAUUACUCUGUUUCAAAUUGUGAUUUAUGAGCGUGGGAUUCAAAAGGUUUCUAAGAUUUCUAUAGGAAUUGUCUCUGUUGUGUGGUUAAUCGCCGCCAUUUGUUUCUUUGUAGCAUUGCCUAGCCAUUCAUGGCUUUGGUUAAUCUCCAUCUUUAACUCAAUUCAAGUUUUCAUGACUGUGAUCAAAUAUAUUCCCCAGGCAGUCAUGAACUUUGCACGAAAGAGUACGGAUGGGUUCAGCAUUGGAAACAUUUUGCUUGAUUUUACUGGAGGAUUGGCAAAUUAUGCUCAGAUGGUCAUACAGUCUAUUGAUCAAAAUUCUUGGGUGAACUUCUACGGAAAUAUCGGGAAGACAUUGCUUUCUUUGGUAUCCAUUUUCUUUGACAUUAUUUUCAUGUGUCAACAUUAUGUGUUAUAUCCCGCUAGGAAAGCAACGGUCCCUUCUAAAGUCGAACGAGAGGGCAGGGAGCCGCUUGUCAAGUCCAUCAACGAAUCUGCCUCCGAAAAUGUGUAAGGCUUUCGCCCAGCACUGAACAUUGUAUUUUACAUGCAGGGAAAACAAGUACAAUAUCAUAUGUAAAAUUCAUGUCAUUCUUGUUUUUCUUUUACCCUAUUGUAUUAGAAAGACCAUACAUUUUAAUCGCUGUGAAACAAACAAAUUGUGCAACUUAUCAGAACAUAUAUCC